AUGCAGCCCGCCAUAGCACUCGCGCUCUUCCUGGGCCUCGUGGGGGCCAGGGCGCCGCGGACAGCGACGCCGGGGCACCGCAGGCAGCGCCACCCGCCGGCCCGGGCGACCCGGACGACGGCGGCAGCAGCAGCAACGGGCGACUGGGACGACGCGGUGCCGCCCACGGCGACCGCAAGCUGGGUAAAGGACGGCGGCGGCGGCGGCGGCGGCGGCGACGACGACGACGACAACAACGACGGCGACGGCGACGUCGACGACUUCACCGUGUCCUUUACCCCGGCGGCGCGCAGGCCGGAGACGUCGGCGCCCACGAUGCCGGGCGACCCGCAGCAGCGCACCGUCAAGACGAGGGAGAGCAUCAGGUUCCUCCACGACUACGUCCACUACGACUUCGGCAUCGGGACGGCGUGGCCGCGCGGGACGGCGGCGCCGUCGUGCACGUGGUGGACGCGGGUGGGCGACACGCACGCCCGGUGGACGCAGGACGUGUACACGACGACGACGACGACGACGCUGACGCACAAGUGCGGGCACUGCGCCAUCGUGUGGACCACGCCGCACCGCGGCUUCGACUACGCAAAGGUCUACGACACCCAGACGGUCGACUACCCCUUCACCAUCACGGAGCUGGUGUGCGGCGGCCCCGAGGGCACGGGCUUCAUGAUGCCGCCGCACACGCCGACCGCCCCGCCGACCACCAAGACCGGCACCGGCACCUACCGGCGCACCAUGUUCGUCACGUUCCCGGACAAGGGCCCCACCACCAUCACCCCGACCGGCGUCACCUCCCCCGGCUGCACCCGCUCCACCGCCGUCUGGGGCGGCGGCAUGAUCAGGCCUAACAAGAUCGUCUUCUACCAGGUCUCCACCGUCAGCACCGUCACCAAGGACUGCGGCACCUGCGCCCUCGCCUGGUCCACAAAGUGGUUCUGGCAGAACGUCCGCGGCGAGCUCGACCACUGGCACACCGCCACCGCCCUCAGCAACAUGUUCAUCGCCACCAGGCUCGAGUGCGGGCCCGCCGUCCCGACCGAGGCCUACGAGCGCUUCACCUUUACGCCCACCCAGACCAUAAUUACCUCAGAUUUCUAG